AUGCUGUGGGUGGAUAAACACCGCCCGCACGCCCUGGGCGAGUGCGACGCGAUCAACACGGCGCAGGCGAAACAUUUGAAGCUGCUGAUCGCGAAUGGGGACUGCCCGCACUUGUUCUUUUACGGGCCGUCGGGGGCGGGGAAGAAGACGCUCGCGCUCGGGGUUUUACGCGAAAUCUUCGGACCGGGCGCGGAGAAGGUGAAGUUGGAGAACAAGACGUGGAAGAUUGACCAAAACGAUCGAAAGAUUGAAGUCGAGUUGGCGAUGAUGUCGAGCAACCAUCACUGCGAGAUGAAUCCGAGCGAUUGCGGGAGCAAGGAUCGGUACGUGGUGCAAGAAGUGAUCAAAGAAAUGGCGCGAUCGAGACCGAUCGACAGCGAUGGGUGCGAGGGGUUUAAGGUUUUAGUGCUCACCGAAGUCGACCGGCUGUCGCGCGAGGCGCAGUAUGGCUUGAGACGCACGAUGGAAAAGUAUAGCGCGUCGUGUCGGUUGUUUCUCAUCGCCGAGAGACCGAGUCGAGUGAUGGAUGCGUUACAAUCGCGGUGCUUGCCCGUGCGAGUGCCCGGGCCGAGGGUUGAAGAGAUUGAAAAUUUGUUACACGACGUGGCGAAGAAGGAAAAGUUGGAGCUGCCUCCAGAGCUCGCGACGCGCGUCGCGACGGCCAGCGGACGGAACAUGCGGCGGGCGUUAUUGGCUUUGGAGACGUGCAGAGUCAACUCGUACCCGUUCAAACCUACACAAGCGGUGCAGACGACGGAUUGGGAGUUGUACAUUAACCAGAUUGGCGCCGAGAUCUUAGCUGAGCAGUCACCGGCGAGGCUGUUGCAAGUGCGAGGACGUCUGUACGAACUCAUCGUCAACUGCAUUCCGCCCGAAAUAAUCUUGCAGAACCUCGCCAAGGCUCUGAUGCGUCGCGUUGACGUCGAAGUUAAGCAUCAAAUCGUGUUUUGGGCCGCCCACUUUGAUGUUCGCAUGCAACGCGGAUCCAAAGCCAUCAUGCACUUGGAAGCGUUCGUCGCGCAAUUCAUGGCGCUCUACAAGUCGCAUUUGAUCAAGGCGUUUGGCUAG